AUGUGGCCGGCACACAAGCUGAUCGCAAACUUGGCUGUCACCGAUUUUUUCAUGGGCGUGCAAGGAACCUUCGUAUCACCAACGACCUUUCUAAUCGAAUUCCCGCCAAAGAUCAUAUGCCUUGGACACUUCAGUUUGGUUACGCUCUGGGCCCUUUCAUCAACAAACUCUCUCAUUGCCAUCAACGUAGACAGGUACAUUGCAAUAUCGCGACCGUUACACUACUACCAGAUCGUCACACCGCGCGUUAUCUUAGUAAUGGUAGUUCUCGCUUGGAGCUUUGCCUUCUUCGCAAGCGUGAUGACUCUCAUUGGCAACCGCUGGCAGCCGGAUCAACCGUGCAUGUAUGACACCGUCACGAGUAGAACAUCUCUCAUCUGUAGCUCGCUAGUUAUUGGUACGUGUGGCGUCGCCAUCAUCUCCAUCUACGCUUACAUGAUGAUAAUUGCCAGGCACCACCAGCAGCAGAUCCACCAGGAACCGUGCAACAGCGGUUUGCAGGAAGCAGGAGCGACCGGAAAAUCUUUCUCUGUUGAGCUCGCCAAGCAUCUGAAGCUUGCCAAGACGUUUGGCAUCGUCGUCGGCGCUUUCUUCGUUUGCUGGGCUCCGUAUUUCAUCCUGAUGCUGCUGAGCGUCGCCGACGUCUACCACGACACGGUCGGCGUGGCGCGAGGCCUCGGCUACCUGCUGGCGUACUCAAACUCUUGCAUGAACUUUUUCAUAUAUGCUUCAAAGAGCAGUCAGUUCCGUGCCGCCUUCCGGGCGAUGUUGCCCUCGCGUGGACGCUAG